CUCUACUGCAUACACGAAAAUAAAUUUUUUUUGACAAAAUCGUGCAUGUUUUCGCUCGCUAAAAAAAAAAGCAGGCCGCGCGAGCCCUAGCUAGCUAGACCGCCGCCCUUCCCGUCCCAAGAAACGCCCAGCAGCGCAUCGCAUCCCGCGUCUAGCGUUUCCACUUGUGUGUUUGUUAUGAAUAUACCGAAGGUGACAACAUCGCUUGGUGCCGCCGAAAAGGCGAAACCCGAACGUGUAGCAUCCGUGGCUGUCGCCACCGCUGCUGCCUUCAAUGCGGUCAGUUUGCAGAAGCGCAGUGGAGCCGACGACCCAACCACUCCGGCAGAGGAUUCCACUCGCAAGAAGGCCAAAACGGAGUUGCUUCUCGGAACGCCAGCGCCCAGUUUGCCCGCCAAAGCGUCGGCCACACCGCCGCAGCAGCUCCUCUACCAGCGGGCUGGACAGCAGGUUAAGGCGCAGGUGAAAGGUGCGCCGGAUCCGCAGGAUUCCCAGUCGGAGGAUGUCGCCUGGGACGCCCGCGACCAACAGAUAAUAGUUUGCAACUUCGGUUCCGGCACUGACUUGGGUGCUAUCAAAACGGAAGACGCAGACAAGCAAAGUGAGUACAUAGUCAGCCCUCCAAGGAGCAGUCCGCUUAAUCCGCUUCCACCCCGAAAAAUAGCUUUUGCCAGCUUUACCAAAAAGGAAGGUGCUUCCUCGUCGGCGUCGUCCUCCUCCUCCACAGCGUCUAUCAUCUCCAUUGAGCCCAGCGGCUCUGGGCAGGAUCUAGCAGACAAUCCCGGCAAGGCGGAGGACCUCGACUACGUCCUAAUGCCAGUCACAGGCGCGGAUAACAGUGUGAAUGUGGGAAACGCCACAGGAACGGGCACCCCAACGGGAACGCCAAUUGGAGCCACCUCCACCAUCAUUUUAAAUGCAAAUAAUGGGGCCACAGGUGCCAGUGGAGCCGGCACCACUACCAUCCUUACUCAAAAGCCAGUUCAUACCAACUACAAUAUCUUCAAUACCACAGCAACGGGCAGCCAAACGCCCACCACCACGCUGUUGAACAGGGUGAAUCUUCACACUAAGAUGAAGACCACUCAGUUGGUGGUCAACGCCAAGAAGCUGUCGGAGGUCACACAGACCACAGCCAAGGUGUCCAUUGGCAACCAAACGAUUUCAGUGCCGUUAUUGAAACCGCUAUCGUGCGCAAGUGGAGCAGCCACUGCAGGAAGAGCCACGAUCGUUGAGAGCAAGCAGCUGUUGCAGCCGGGUGGUCAGGUGACCACCGUGAUGAGUGCCACCCAACCGGGUGGAGGCCAGCAGCUGCAUCCGCAUGUCCAUCCACACGGCCAUCCGCAUGCACACCACAACUUUACAAAACUCAUUAAGCGGGUGCCAAAAAAUCCCGCCACUAUUGUUUCGUUUUCGGGCUUACAAAUCAAGCCGGCGACCACCAAGAUCGUGGCAACCAAAGUGGUAAGCAAGAAGAUGUCUCUGCAGCUACAGCAACACCAACAGCAACUCCAGCAGCAACAGCAGCUUCAGCAGCUGCAAGUGACUAGCGGUGGGAGCUUGGCCCCACCAACUGGCAGCAUAGUGACCAUCACUACCACCAAUCCCAGCCAGACGUAUGCAAUGGUUCAGGAUGCCACGACUGUGGGAGCAGCAUCUCAUUCAGAAGAAGAUGCGCCGACGCCUCGAAAGAUUACUGCCUACUCUGAAAAUCUGCAGAAGAUCCUUAACAAAAGCAAGUCUCAGGAAGCGAGCGGUGGCCCGGAGGAGUUUGCCAACAUCAACAGCGUUGUGAUCAAGCCGUUAGAUAAGAACACAAUUAACUGCCCGCCCAGUUUCAAUAUCUUUAAGCAGCAGCAGCACUCACAGGCUGCACAAACCCAAACGAUCUCUGCUGUAGGCAGUGGAUCAGGUACGCCCGUGACGUUUACAAUGACGCCAGCUUCGGGCAGUUCCUCAGAUCUUGCGACCACAUCCACCGUCUCGGUGUCCGCUGGCGCCAUAUGCAUUAAUAGUCCAAUGAUGGGAUCCCGGCCUAUAAUUUCCAUUCAAAACAAGAACAUAUCCCUGGUGCUGUCCAAAACGACGAUGGCCCAGCAAAAACCGAAAAUGAUCACCACCACGACGUUGGCCAGCCAGUCAGCGCUACAAAUGCAUCAUGCGCUUGUUCAGGACUCAAGUACGGACAAGGCUGGAUCUUCUGCAGUCCCUGCAUCGGCUACAUCUGGAACAGCCGUUGCUCCGUCAAUGCAACUUAAGCUGACAACUGCUAACACGCCCACUAAACUCAACGUUAGUUUAGCCCCAGAUGUAGCCAAGCUGGAGGAGAUUGUCAGUGAAACAAAACCGAAGUUAUUGGUUAAACAAGAGGUGGUUGUGAAAGAUACACCUGGAGCUUCGUCUGUCGAACAGGAGCGUAGUGAGGAGGUUAGCACGCCGGAGAAACGUUUGAACGCGAACACUACAAUGACGCCUAUUAGCCAGGUGCAGAAUCAGUCUGCAAAUCAGAUUCAGAUUCAGACUCCUACCUCAACAGCUUCGAAUCCGAGUACGCCAAAUCCUCCUGCAAGUACCGCAUCCACCCCGAUUAACAAUCAACGUUCGGGAACAGAGGAUUCAAAUAAUGCACUGCUAAAACAAUUGCUCCAGACCAGCAGCAGCAGUCACAGUCUCAACCAAAUCAGCAUCACCUCGACCCACGUAGGAUCCGCUUCUACGACGGCUCCUCUUUCCGCCCGUAAGGUAAUUAAUGUACGGGCCCCCAGCAUGGGCAUGGUCAGCAGUUUGGAAGCACAACUGGCGCGUCCGGUGAUUCCGCCGGUCCCCGCAGCUACGCAAGCGGCAGGCAGUAGUAGCAGUAACGGAUCCGUAGCUACGUCUACCACGACCACAACGAUAGCUAGUGGGGGAAGCAGUCAACAUGUAGCAACCGCCUCAGCGACCGGAACUCCAGUUACGGCAGUCGUAAUUUCCACACCUGGGGUGGGAGGAGAACCAAAGCUGGAGCCCAAAACCGAGCAGCCUGUUGUAGUUGCAACUAUUCAAAAUCAGAACCAAAAUACGGCGACACCAACACCACCGCCUCCACAGCAGCAGCAGCAGCAACAACCUCAGCAAUCACAGCAAUUGCAAUCGGCACCCCACCAAGUCAAGCAGACCGUGCAAAUUGUCUCGAAGGAAACAUCGUUUAUCUCAGGACCUGUUGCAACCAAUAAAUUAGUGACUGAAACCAUUUCGAAGCCGGGAGAACUGUUACCUCCUCCGCCCUACGAAUUAGCCAUAUCGAAUGUAACCAUAUCCAUAUCCACCAAACAAGCUGUGUCCAAGGAGCUGCAGAUGAAGCCUAAGGCGGUAGCAAUGUCGCUUCCCAUGGAGCAGGGCGAAGAAUCGAUGCCUGAGCAAGCGGAACCGCCGCCUCAUCCUGAGCAAGGUGCCACUGUACCAGGAGCAGUACCUCACAGUGGAGGAGCAAUUAGCGCUACGCAAUGGAGCAGUAGUAAUCAUAUAGAUGGAGUUGUGGGAGUCUCAAAAAUACCAUUCAAGCCUGGCGAGGCACAGAAACGUAAGUUGCCUAUGCAUCCACAGCUAGACGAAAAGCAGCUGCAGCAACAGGUGGAGACUCCUACCAGUGCCUCUCUACCAGCAACUCCAACCGGACAAACAGGUCCGGAUAAAGUACAGCUUAUCUCUGGCAUUGCCAGUUAUGUAAAGAAAUCUGGAGGACCUGGCGAGGCACAAUCCGUUCAAACCCAGAGCCAGGGGCAGGUACAGAUGCAGGCGCAAAUGCAGGCGGCCAUGCAGGGCCAACUAGCUGGGCAGAUUCCCGGACAAAUCCCUGGACACGUCUCUGGCCAAAUACCCGCACAAAUGCAUCUUCAAGUACAACACCAGCUCCAUGUGGCAGUGCAGCCCCCGCAACAGCAACACCAACCACAGCCUACUACGAUUCAGACUCCAAUUCCCGGACAAAGUGCUGUAUCCAUACCCGGACCCAUCAUGGAACCCAAGGCAGCUGACCAAAGAAAGCGCCGCAAACGGGAGGUUCAGAAACCAAGACGCACGAAUCUGAACGCCGGACAGACAGCUGGAACUCUCAAGGAUCUAACAGGUACGUUACCAGCUGGUGCAAUGGUUCAGUUGGCAGGUAUGCCGCCGGGAACUCAAUAUAUCCAGGGCGCGGCAUCAGGUCCUGGCCAUGCGAUUACCAGUACCGGUCAAGGAGGAACUAGCCUUGGAGGAGUAGGAUCUGGUACCGGAGCAGGUUCCACUCCCAUGAUCAAGAAGCGAGUGCGCAAGUUUUCCAAGGUAGAGGAGGAUCACGAUGCAUUUACCGAAAAGCUGCUAACGCAUAUCCGCCAAAUGCAGCCGCUCCAAGUUCUGGAGCCGCACCUGAAUCGAAACUUUCAUUUUCUCAUUGGAAGCAACGAGGCGUCGGGAGGUAGUUCGCCCUCUAUGAGUUCUGCGGCCUCAGCCAGUGGAUCAUCUUCUGUUGGAGGUGGAAAGGUCAAGGGAGGAUCUCUUGGAUCCCGCGGUUGGCCACUCAGCAGGCAUUUGGAAGGCCUAGAGGACUGUGAUGGCGCCAUCCUCGGCCGCUUUGGUCGAGUGCGUUUACCAGGGAUUCCCUCAUUAUACGACAGCGAACGCUUUGGUGGAAGUUCAGGUCUAGUAGGAGGAUCUGCUGCUACCCGUCCACCCUCCCCAUCCACAUCUCCAGAAGCUGAGAAGAUGCUACCGAUGUCUAGCAUCCAAAACGAUUUUUAUGACCAGGAGUUCUCCACACAUAUGGAGCGUAAUCCCCGAGAACGCCUCGUACGACACAUUGGCGCCGUUAAGGAUUGCAACCUUGAGACUAUAGACCUUGUGGAAAGCGAUGGAGUGGCUGCUUGGGCGCCUAUACCGCGACUUACCCGCUACCCAGGCCUAAUAUUGCUCAACGGGAACAGCCGGUGCCAUGGACGUAUGUCGCCGGUGGCCCUGCCGGAGGAUCCGCUGACCAUGCGGGUGCCUGUGUCGCCACUGCUUCGGUCCUGCGGCGAGGAGCUACGCAAGACACAGCAGCUGGAACUUGGUAUGGGAUCCCUCGGCAAUAAUAACAACAAUAACUACCAGCAGAAGAACCAGAAUGUGAUACUCGCUUUGCCCGCCUCGGCCUCGGAGAAUAUUGCCGGCGUGUUGCGGGAUCUGGCUAACCUACUGCACUUGGCUCCUUCCCUCACCUGCAAGAUCAUCGAGGACAAAAUGGGCGACAAGUUGGAAGAGCAGUUAAUGGAUCACGACGAUGAAAAGCACCGGGAUGACUUCAAGCGACCGUUGACCGUGAGUCACGGUCAUCUAAGAAAGAUCCUCAAUGGGCGCCGAAAAUUGUGUCGCAGCUGCGGAAAUGUGGUCCAUGCCACAGGUCUGCGAAUUCCCCGACACAGUGUUCCUGCAUUGGAAGAACAACUUCCCAGGCUGGCCCAAUUAAUGGCUAUGUUACCCAGGAAAUCAGUUCCUCCACCGUUUGUAUACUUCUGCGAUCGCGCCUGCUUUGCGAGAUUUAAGUGGACCGGAAAGGAGGGCCAGGCGGAGGCGGCCAGUUUGCUCCUACAGCCAGCUGGGGGCUCCACAUCUACUUCAUCCACCGGCGACUCGCCCAGUAGUGCCUGCACCACCAGUUCAGCUCUCACUGAAACGGUGGUCAAACAAGAACCAGAGGAUGAAUCAGACCAAACGCAGGGUGUACAUGGCUCAUCCACCAAUCUCCCCGUACAGCGCAAGUGCAUCGUGAAGUGCUUCAGUGCGGAUUGCUUCGGAACGGACUCGACGGCCAUCAAACUGGAGUUCGACGGAUCAGCGGGAACGGGAACUGGAACGGAACCAGCCAAUAAUACAGUUUGGGAAACGGAGGCUAGUGGACUCCAGCUGGAGGACACCCGGCAGUGUGUGUUCUGCAAUCAGCGGGGCGAUGGCCAAGCGGAUGGACCCUCGCGACUGCUCAAUUUUGAUGUGGAUAAAUGGGUCCACCUCAACUGUGCCUUGUGGUCCAAUGGUGUCUACGAGACAGUGUCUGGGGCGUUGAUGAACUUUCAGACGGCUUUACAAGCGGGAUUGAAUCAGGCUUGUAGCGCCUGCCAUCAACUGGGCGCCACCAUCAAGUGCUUUAAAUCGCGCUGCAACAGCUUGUACCACCUGCCGUGCGCGAUUCGCGAGGAUUGCGUCUUCUACAAAAACAAGUCGGUCCAUUGCAGCGCCCAUGGUCACACCCAUGCCGGUAUUACCAUGGGAGCAGGGACAGGCUCUGCAGCUGGCGGAGGACUGGCAGGAUCUGCGUCAGAAAAUGAACUAGGCUCGCUAGUUGUUCAUCGAAGAGUUUUUGUCGAUCGGGACGAGAACCGUCAAGUGGCCACAGUUAUGCACUACUCAGAACUGAGUAAUCUGCUCCGCGUGGGCAACAUGACGUUCCUGAACGUGGGUCAGCUAUUGCCCCACCAGCUCGAGGCUUUCCACACGCCCCAUUACAUCUACCCUAUUGGCUAUAAGGUGAGCCGCUACUACUGGUGCGUCCGCCGGCCAAAUCGUAGAUGCCGAUACAUUUGCAGCAUCGCGGAAGCCGGCUGCAAGCCCGAAUUCCGCAUCCUGGUGCAGGACGCCGGCGACAAGGAGCCAGAGCGCGAAUAUCGCGACAGUUCACCCUCAGCGGUGUGGCAGCAGAUUCUGCAGCCGAUCACGAGGCUACGUAAGGUGCACAAGUGGUUACAGCUGUUCCCGCAGCACAUUAGCGGAGAGGAUCUGUUUGGCCUAACAGAACCGGCCAUCGUUCGCAUUUUGGAAAGCCUUCCAGGAAUAGAGACACUUACCGACUACCGUUUUAAGUACGGCCGCAACCCGCUGCUGGAGUUCCCGCUGGCCAUUAAUCCGUCCGGAGCGGCACGCACAGAACCCAAGCAAAGACAGCUGCUCGUCUGGCGGAAGCCACACACCCAACGCACAGCCGGCAGCUGCAGCACCCAGCGGAUGGCCAACUCGGCGGCCAUUGCCGGAGAGGUGGCUUGCCCUUAUAGCAAGCAGUUCGUCCACUCGAAGAGUUCCCAGUACAAAAAGAUGAAGCAAGAGUGGCGCAACAACGUCUACUUGGCCAGAUCAAAGAUCCAGGGUCUAGGCUUGUAUGCUGCUCGGGACAUUGAGAAGCACACCAUGAUCAUCGAAUACAUAGGCGAGGUUAUCCGGACCGAAGUAUCCGAGAUUCGUGAGAAGCAGUACGAGUCUAAGAACCGCGGAAUCUACAUGUUCCGGCUGGAUGAGGAUCGUGUGGUGGAUGCCACUUUGAGCGGCGGAUUGGCGCGCUACAUCAACCACUCGUGCAAUCCCAAUUGUGUGACGGAGAUCGUAGAGGUCGAUCGCGACGUGCGGAUCAUUAUAUUCGCCAAGCGAAAGAUCUAUCGCGGCGAGGAGCUCUCGUACGACUAUAAGUUCGACAUCGAAGACGAGUCGCACAAAAUACCGUGUGCCUGUGGUGCGCCUAACUGCCGUAAGUGGAUGAACUAGAGUCGGGAGGAACCUCUACCGGAGGACCUAAGGAAGCGCAAGAAGCGGCGGCGUGCGCGUCGCGCCCAGUGACCAUGAAAAGGAAUUGUUAUAUCUGAUCAAAUAGAUAUAUUCGCUAAGCAGUAUAGACCGUGUACAUAUAUACAAUUAUAUAUAUAUAUGCUAAAUGCAGAUAUGCUCGUGGAGAGCAUAGAUCCUUGUAAGUUAUGUAUAUGUACCCACUGUAGCUAAUUCGUAUCCUAUAUAUCGCUCGUAAGUGGAAAAGUGGAGGGAGUGCAGAGUGUUUUCAUAGUUUAAAUUGAAUUAUUGCUAUCGUUUCUAUAUAGAGAGAAUAUAAAUGUUAAUGCUAGGACAUGACCACCCCCUGUAAUGUAUUUCUGACACCCUCCCCUCACAAAACCACAGCCGCAGGAGCAUCUUAUUUUUUUGUUUUAGCACCAUCUCCACAUCCAUCACUAUCACUAUUAUACCAUUGCAAUAAUUGUGAGGAAACUUAUCGCCCCCAAUGGCCAACCCAAAAACUUGACUUUAUGCGUGUGUGCCUUUCCCCCUGUUUACCAUUAUUAUUAUUAAUAUAAUAAUUAAAGUGGUUUCUAUAUUCGCAUAUUUGGGGAGCAAUGCUUGUUUCCCCGCAUGUAACGUGUACAACCUUCUUUGAAUAUAUACACUGAUAAGAGUAUAAAUACCUAUUUUUAUUUUAUUUUAUUUAAAUAGUUUUGCAAUUACUUUUAAGUAUAUUAACUCCAAGCAACGUGUAAUUUUCAUCCCCUUUAAUAGUUAAGUAAAUUUUAUGCCACCAUUUUA